AUGUUCGAGAAGCGUUCAGGUGUGGAUGUCGUGUGCCCCGUGCGGUAUCCGAGUCCCGCCAAGGGCGCAAGUUCCCCUCCGCUUCUUCGCUCCGCUGCUCCACGAUUCCUCUCUUCAAUCACAUCUUCCGCCAUGACAGACAGCAAGGUCCCUCAGCCAGGCCCGGCGAAACUUAAACGCAAUGCGGGCCCUGACCAGUGGCUGGAGGCCGCGAAGGACUGCAAAUACUUAUCCGAGGCUCACAUGAAGCAGCUGUGCGAAAUGGUGAAGGAGUAUAUGAUGGAAGAAUCCAAUAUACAACCCGUCUCCACUCCGGUUACCGUCUGCGGCGAUAUUCACGGCCAGUUCUACGAUCUUCUUGAGCUCUUCCGGGUUUCUGGUGGGAUGCCCGAUGGCACGGAGCCCGACGCACCCAAAUCUGCCAUCACAUCUGCCGAUAUUGAGCCGCCGUCCGAGAUUACAGAUCCUAAAAUUCGGAAGAAGUUAAGAGGUCCCAACAAUGAUACUGUGGAGGAUGACGAGGAGGAGUCCGAAGGCCCACGCAGCCGAUCAGGGAGCCAGACAUCCAAUGACGUCCAGGUGAACCGAAACUUUGUUUUCCUUGGAGAUUAUGUGGACCGUGGAUAUUUCAGUUUGGAAACUUUGACCCUGUUAUUGUGUUUGAAGGCCAAAUAUCCCGAUCGAGUAACAUUAGUGCGCGGAAACCACGAAUCCCGCCAGAUCACCCAGGUGUACGGUUUCUACGAAGAAUGUUUCCAGAAAUAUGGCAGUGCCUCGGUAUGGAAGGCUUGUUGCCAGGUUUUCGAUUUCAUGACGCUGGGCGCCAUUAUCGAUGGCAAAGUUCUAUGCGUUCACGGAGGAUUGAGUCCAGAAAUCCGUACCUUGGACCAAGUGCGUGUGGUGGCUCGCGCGCAAGAGAUUCCUCACGAGGGUGCAUUCUGUGAUCUUGUCUGGUCCGAUCCCGAUGAUGUGGAGACAUGGGCGGUCAGUCCUCGUGGUGCAGGUUGGCUCUUUGGCGACCGCGUCGCUGACGAGUUCUGUCAUGUUAACGAUCUUUCCCUCAUUGCUCGCGCGCAUCAGCUGGUGAACGAAGGAUAUAAAUACCAUUUCGCGAACCAGAAUGUGGUCACAGUGUGGAGUGCUCCGAACUACUGUUACCGAUGUGGUAAUCUUGCUUCGGUGUGCGAGAUUGGAGAGGAUCUGAAGCCCUCGUUCAAGCUGUUUAGUGCUGUGAGCGACGACCAGCGGCAUAUGCCCAGCUCGCGGCCGGGCCGCAGCGAGUACUUCCUGUAA